AUGGUUCAAACACUCAAAUCAAAAAAGCACAAGUCUACACUCUUUCAAAAAUCAUCUAGAGGAACCCACAUCACACUAGGAUCAUCAAGUGAUGCCUCUAAUAGACACAAUUGGAAAAGCAUGUAUCACUUACCUCCGAUGGGAGAAAUUACAUUGGAACAAUUUGAAGAAUAUUCUUUCCAAAGAUUGAAGUUGUUGAGAAUGAUUGAUACUUGGAAGGCUAGAAAUAUCUCCGGAAAAGCUUUACAGGAUAAUAUAAUAGAGGAAUCAAACAAAGUUUUUGAUUUGAGAAUGCCACAUGAUUUAGACAACUGUGAGCCAGAUUGGAUAUCUCAUCAUGUCUUGAGAUUGGCCUUUGCUAGAAGUGAAAAUUUGAGACAAUGGUUCCUGACAAAUGAAUGUGCUCUAUUCGAAAGUAGAUUGAUGAGUGAUACUCAAGAUGCUCACAUUGAAAUUUUACAAAGAAAUGGUAUCAAUGCAGAACGUGUUUCUGUGGAAGAAAAGAGAAAAUAUGAAGGUGCUCUUCAAAAAAUGUUUACUAAAUUAUACUUCCAUUUACAAUAUCAACAACAAAAGAAUGAAAAACCACAACAAACAGAUUCUGAUGCACCUGUUUUAAUUUCACACAACAAGUCCAACUUUUCAGAUAUGAGAUUUAAUGUGGAGGAUACUUUAGUUUUCAAAGUUGAUUUUGUUUCUGUUUUACAACUUGUUUCGAGCAGAAGUGUGUUCAUUCAAAACGGAAAAGCUUAUUUAUUUGCACAUGAUUUGACCUCUUUAAUCAAGCAACAUUUUAGAGCUAGUUUAGUUCUUGGGCUCUCUAAAAUUCAAGCAGUAUAUCCAGAAUAUCUCAAUGAAGAAGAAAAGGAUAGACUUUUACCAUUCUUGAAAGAUGUUAUUCCAGCUGCUAGUGAAGGCAAAUCAUUGUACUCUAAUACUCAAUCAUUCAUGAAUACAGGAGAAGUUAAGGCUGAACAAAUUGAAUCACUAAGCAAGCAAAGCUUCCCUCUCUGUAUGAGAGUUCUCCACAAGGAAUUGAAAGAAAAACAUCACUUGAAGCACUAUGGAAGAAUGCAAUACGGAUUGUUCUUGAAGGGAAUUGGUCUUAAACUAGAGGAUGCAUUACAAUUUUGGAGAGAAAACUUUACAGCUAGUGGAAUGACAACAGAAUCAUUUGACAAACAAUAUGCUUACAAUAUUAGACACAACUAUGGUAAGGAAGGUAAAAAGACAAACUAUACACCAUAUGGCUGUUCUAAAAUUAUCAAUAAUCCAGAAUAUGUUUGUCCUUUCAAGGUAUUCAAACCUGAAGAAUUGAGACAUGAAAUGAGGUCCUAUGGUGGAGGUGCAACCUUUAACGAAGAUGAACUCCAAGAAGUUAUUGAGUAUGCUCAAAAUCAUCAAUACCAAAUUGCUUGUAGAAGAUUUUUCGAAGUGAGUCAUGGCAUUUCCAAGAAGGCCAACAAUAUUCAACUCAUUGAUAAGGAAGACGAUGGUUCCUCAUUCCCUCAUCCAAACACAUAUUUCUCUCGAUCAAUCAAGUAUCUCAAAUCAAAGAAUGCCGGGGACUCUGAGCAAUCUUCUUCGAAUACACAAGCCCCAAUAACACAACAGGAUACUCCUGUGGAUCAAGAAGAUGAAAUGCAAGACGAAGAAUAA